CGAUCGGUCUGCGGUGUCGGACGGCUGUCGGUUGAUCUGUUUUCACAAUUUUAAUUUCAUUUUCAAAAAUCUAGUUUGCAUGCUUUGUUGGUGUUGUGCUAGUGACGAAGCUUAAGAAUUGGAAUAUACAUACAUACAUAUGUAUGUAUUGUAUUCCCCCGGACGUGCUAACGGAACUUGUUAAUGACGUAUCGUGGUUUGAUAACAAAAAAAUAAAAUAGUUAUGGCAAACAGUGUAAAGACAUUAUGUCUUCAUAGUGGACUUUAGGUGCCUUUUUUUAUCGCGCAUCCGCUCUGUAUAUACAGAUGUACAUACAUAUGUAUAUUGUUACCCCAAAUCAUGUGCUCAAGUAUGCCGCAGCAAAUUGCAAAUCUGAUCGCUUCCCCUACACUUCACCCAGAUGUUCAGGGGGCAUCUUUUCAGAAUGGUUUUGCAUCACCACCUAAGCGCGGGAAUAAAGAUAUAGAGAUGAACGACCACUCUGAUAGUUGUUCCCUCGCAACAACAUGUGGGCGGUUUGAUUCGCCACGGUCCACCAUCGAUGACCACGACGCGACUGACGACGACAUGACAUUCUGCAUGGCCAAUUAUGCUAAGGAGGCCCUGAAAAUGAUGUUCAUGAUGCGUUCCCAUGGCAUGCUUACAGACGUUGUGCUGGAGGUGAAAAAAGAGUUAUUCCCAGCACAUAAGGUUGUGCUGUCUGCGGCAUCGCCCUACUUCAAGGCCAUGUUCACGGGUGGUCUGAAAGAGUCAGAAAUGUCCCGAGUGCAAUUGCAAGGGGUUUGCCCGACAGCAAUGUCUCGCCUCCUCUAUUUUAUGUACACAGGGUCGAUCCGUGUGACCGAGGUUACUGUGUGCCAGCUUCUGCCCGCGGCGACCAUGUUCCAAGUGCCAAAUGUUAUUGAUGCCUGCUGUGCGUUCUUGGAACGCCAGUUGGAUCCAACAAACGCGAUCGGCAUUGCAAAUUUCGCUGAACAGCACGGCUGUGUGGAUCUCCAAAAGAAAGCCAAUCACUUCAUUGAGCGCCACUUCACGCAGGUAUGUCAGGAGGAAGAGUUUCUACAACUUUCUGCCUAUCAGCUUAUAGCGCUCAUCAGACGAGAUGAGUUGAAUGUCCAGGAAGAGCGAGAGGUCUACAAUGCGGUAUUGAAAUGGGUGAAGUACGAUGAAGAUAAUCGGCACAGUAAAAUGGAACACAUUCUGGGUGCCGUCCGCUGCCAGUUUCUGACGCCCAACUUCCUGAAGGAGCAAAUGAAAAACUGCGAUGUGCUGCGCAAAGUACCAGCGUGUCGCGAAUAUUUGGCCAAGAUCUUUAAAGAUCUGACACUCCACAAAUGUCCGGGGGUAAAGGAACGCACUCCAAACACCACACGCAUGAUAUUUGUGGCGGGAGGAUUCUUUCGGCAUUCUCUCGACAUAUUGGAGGCCUAUAACGUGGAUGACAAGACAUGGACGACGUUGCCAAACCUGCGCAUACCCCGUUCCGGCCUAGGCGCCGCCUUUCUCAAAGGAAAAUUCUAUGCAGUCGGCGGCCGCAACAACAACAUCGGUUCAUCUUACGAUUCGGAUUGGGUGGAUCGCUACAGUGCCAUAAGCGAAACAUGGCGUCCCUGCGCGCCUAUGUCGGUGCCCCGUCAUCGUGUAGGCGUGGCCGUAAUGGACGAAUUCAUGUAUGCAGUAGGCGGUUCGGCGGGAAUGGAGUAUCACAACACCGUUGAGUACUAUGAUCCAGAUCAGGACCGUUGGACUCUGGUGCAGCCAAUGCAUGCCAAACGCUUGGGUGUAGGUGUAGUAGUAGUCAAUCGUUUGCUUUACGCCAUCGGCGGUUUUGACGGCGUCGAGCGUUUGGCUAGCGUUGAGUGCUAUCAUCCGGAAAAUAACGAAUGGAGUUUCUUGCCUCCUCUGAAAAUCGGUCGCAGUGGUGCAGGGGUAGCGGCCAUCAAUCAAUACAUAUACGUGGUAGGCGGCUUUGAUGGAACACGGCAACUGGCAACUGUGGAACGCUAUGAUACUGAUACCAAAACGUGGGACAUGGUCGCUUCCAUACAAAUAGCGCGAAGUGCUCUCUCACUUACACCGCUUGAUGGAAAAUUGUACGCCAUUGGUGGCUUUGAUGGAAACAACUUUCUAUCCAUCGUCGAAGUAUACGAUCCGCGCACAAACACAUGGGAGGAAGGCACACCGCUAAAUUCAGGACGUUCGGGUCACGCUUCGGCAGUUAUAUAUCAGCCGUCGUGUGUUAGUACUUCAAUGGACUACGAGGAGGGCGAAGUGUAUAGAAGGGAUGGAAACACUGACGGCGGACCCAGCGAUUCGUCACAAGACCCCUGUUCCACCAAAGGUCCCAGCUUUUGUGGCAGCUCGUCUAACAUGCAAUUUCAUUCGUCAUUUGAAUCAAGCGGAUGUUUCAACUGCGAAACGGAAGCGUUCCAAAAUACAGAAAAACCAAACUACAACACAAGAGAUUGCUUGGACUAUCUAUAUGAAGGCAAGUGGAAAGCGUCGUUAAAAACUGUUCAGAGGCGAGCGCAGCCGACGUGGCAUGAUGACAACGGGAACACAAGUGGGCAGCACAGCCUGAGUGACGUUGAUAGCAAUAAAACUGCACAGCCCGUUAUCCUGCCAAUCACAUCACUUCAACUACUCAAUCCUGCGCCAAAGGAGUCAUUCAAAACGCGGAGACGGUGCAUUAUUCUGAAUGCGCUCAUGCACAGUCAUGUGCGCAACGUUGUUCAAAAUGUGAUACUCAGUACCAUCAAUUGGCGUCGUCUCAAGACAAUAUACGAUAUAUGAUAACUUAAGGCGUCACAAACAAUUACAUUUGUGAAUUCACAAUCAUUUUAGCUUUACCGUCCUCUAAUUUAUAAGGCUUAUAAUUCCGUGCAGACAACCAUUCCAACGAACCUCUACUGUGUAAUGUGAAAAGCUAUUUUGUAUAUUAAUUGUUUAAGGCUUCAAUUGGUUAAUGUGUCUUUAAAAUUAAGUUCAUAGUUAGCAGGUGUAUUAAUAUGUACCCCAGAAAAUUCCAAUUUCAUUUCCUGUGCCGGCACUUGUACGUACUACACAUACAUAGUUAUAGGGAUUGCCUUGGUUAAACAUACAUAUCUUGUAUGCCGUAUAAUUUAAAAAGCCAAAUAAAUACUUCAUUAGCUAGAAUUGUACAAUUUAUAUUAUGUCAAAAUCUAAAUAGAAACACAAAAAACAUGCA